GGAAGAGCUCUACGCUAUGGUUAUUAAAAGCCCAACACAUCUAUUUCAGUCAGACAGUCUUCUGGGUUUGUAAUAGUUUGACAGCAUGUGGUUCACAAUUAUUCUACUUCAGCUUCUGCCUCACUUCACCCUCAGCGUUCACUGUCCCGGUGGGUGUGUGUGUGACAUUCGGGGCUUUGUAAAAUGCACAGGUGACAUCACCGCAGUACCUCCCCUUGAUCCCACCACCACCUUCCUACUCCUGCUCAAUGACACACAAAUACAACUUCUCCAAGAACGCAGCUUCCAGCCCUUCCACCUUCUUCUGCGAUUGAGGAUCACCCACAGCUCUCUCGACACCAUCCAUCCGGAAGCCUUCUAUGAUGCUCCUCAGCUACGCUCCAUCAAAUUGUCAUCAAACGCCCUGUCUGUCUUCCCACCCAAGGUCUUCGGCGAGCUGAGCAACCUGGAGCAGCUCCAGCUAGAUGACAAUCAGAUCGUUUCCAUAAGUUCAGGAUUGUUUGAAGGGUUGCUUAAUCUAACCGAGCUGGACAUCAGCAAUAAUCACAUUUCCCAGCUGGACGCCGAUGUCUUCCAGAGUUUGACUAAGCUUAUUUUCCUAUACUUGGCGGGGAACCGAUUGAGAAACCUUCCAGGGAACGUCUUCCACAACCUUAGCCAACUUGAAAGUCUGGUGCUCACCUCCAACCAGCUGGAGACUCUUGAAAGCGGCUUAUUUGAUCAUCUAAACAAUCUGUUGGUCCUCAUGCUACAAAAAAAUCAGAUUUGUGAGAUACCUCCACACAUUUUCUGGCAUAUGCCUGCUCUUCACACCCUUUCAAUGUCAGGCAACAAACUCCAGUAUAUUCCACCCAGGAGCUUCUACUAUCUACCCAACCUGACCAAACUCACCCUUUACAAAAACCCCCUCAUCUCUCUACCUGAUCAGCUGGUGGGUCACAUGCCGCGACUCCAAGAACUUUACCUUUACGAAACCAACCUAGUCACCGUCCCCUGGAACCUUUUUGCAAACAUGACAGGCUUAAAAUGGCUCCACUUACACUUGAACGACAACCUGACGUCUCUUCCCAAAGAUCUCUUCUGUUGCCUGCCCAAGCUGAACAAGCUCUCCAUAAAACACAACAAUCUUCUGGAGCUGCAUCCUGACAUCUUCUCAAGUUUGCCUAGCCUUCAAAUACUAUUGCUAAAUGAAAACAAGCUUCGGACUCUUCCGGAGCAAAUCUUUAGGCAUACCCCACGUCUACAAACGCUUGACCUAAAAAACAAUCAUCUCAGGUAUCUAACUGGAGAUGUUUUCAUACAUGCUGGUGCCUUGAAGGUUCUCUCUUUGAGUGGCAACCGUUGGAACUGCAAUUGCAGCAUUAUGGGAAUCGCGGAAUGGAUUCAGGAAAACCCAACGAUCGUGAACGACUUGGAAAAAGGAGUAGUGUGCCGGGAACCGUAUAAAUUACUAGAUCGUCCAUUGCAGUCGUUGACCUACGAAGAUCUUCAGUGUGGUCCAACAACUUACAUGACCUCGACUUCUGUUGCCACGAAAGUGACUUCAUCUCCUCCAACAUUGACAAUAACAAGAAAAGACACUGGUACUACAGGGACAGCUCCUGUGUCUACAUCUAUCCUGCCAUUUACAAGUACUUCUGCAGUAACCUCUUUGUUUUCUCCUACAGCUGAAGAAUCGUAUAUUAUAAAAAAGAUUGGCUACAAUAACCAACCAGGGUUUUACAAUACGAUUGUCCUGGACAGUGGACCUGAUAUUGUGCAUAACAAUCAUUAUAACGGUUGGGUGUAUCUGUGGACUGUCCCGUCAACUGGUUUGUUCAGUGGCUUCAUGGUGGCUUUGUAUAUUGUUCUCUUGGUUGUUGGUGUAGUUAUUAUUGCGGCCAGUUUGUGUGCUUUGUAUAGGCUCCAUAAGGUGAUGUGGACAUUGGGGGAAGUUGCUAUAGAAGGUCACUAUCAGAGGAUCACAACUAAAAGCUACAAAUUCUAAAGAGCAUGUCUUGAUUAGAAAAAUGUUUUUGGUUGUUGCCGGUGGUCCAGACUCCAAUGAACUGGCUUGAAAAUUUCAGUCAUCUUCAACUCCACAUUUUCUAGUGACUCACUGCACUUAAAUUUUUCAGUUGGCUCAUUGGUUAAAUUGGCUGUUGAAAAUACUUGUUGAGUUGACUUGUUGAAUGAGUUUAUUGUUUGUAUUUUUUAAUUUAAUAAAAAUUUUGUAUAGUAAAACCCGAAGACGAUUUUCUUAUUUUUAAUGACUUCAGAAUUGGCACUUGGUAAAUCUCACUAUUUCUUUUAAGGGGUCGCUCAGCCAAAAAUGAAAAUUCUGUCAUCAUUUACUCACCCUAAACAAAAUUCA